GGCGGUAUGGUCAAGAUGCAUUCGUUAGCCUUACAGUAUGAAGCUGUGGAGGACAUUAGAAAUAUGUCUUAUUAUUGACUUUGAAUAAUUAACUCGCAUAAAUAUGUCACCUCGUAUUAUAGAGACAUAUUCCAUACUCGUUAAUGUUCUGUAUCGUAUACUGUUUUCGACACACUGGAGGAGUUACCAAACAUCUAUCCCCUUGUAGUAACCAGGUUGUUGGGUAACCUGUGGGACUUCUUUUUCCUCCAAUGUCACAGGAGAAGGAGGACUCUGAAAAUGACAUUUGGGAGUAUAAACCUCUGGAGAAGAAAAAGAAGAGACAAGAUUCACCGUCUGCGACUGAAGGCGUCACUAAAAGAAGAUGUACUGCAAGAAAAGCCAACAAGAAAGACACUUCUUUUUCAGCCAAGUCACGUGAGAAGUCAAACAAGGCAGCAGAAAGUGGGGAUUGUAGUGCUUAUAUUGACAGCUUAGAGGCAAAUAAUGUUCCCUCACACUCAUUUUCUGCUCAUGAGACUGUACAAGCUGCACAGUCCCCCAGUGCUGCUGAGGGGUCCUCCCUAAGUGACUUCUGCCCCAUGUGUCAGAUGCCCUUUUCCAUUCUGGUGGUACAGACUCAAAGAUGGCAUGUUGCUGAAUGUCUGGACACCACCAGGGACAACUGUGAAGAAUGUCCAGAUGGCAUCCAGUGCUCCUCCACCAUUCCAAACCAUUAUAAGAAAUUCAACCACACGAUCCUCGCCCACGGCCGAGCCAACAAUGACACAGCACUCCUUAGUCUGUCCCAGCAGGCAGAGAGUAACCUCAGUCAUUCCCAAGGAUUGAUACAAAACAAUGAGGAAGGCUCUGUUUUGGAGUCUUCACAGGAUAGUUCUCACAGUCUUCCUGCCUUGUUUAAUUGUAACACUUCCACUCACAAUAAUCACACUCCAUCUAAACGUAAAAACGGCCUUCUGUUACUGCGCUCACCUGGCCCAGAGGAUUUUAAGAAAAAGAAAGGCUGGUCCAGCUUGACAAAGAGCCAGAAGUCAGUCAGUUCUUCCCAAGAAACUAGAACUGAGCUUUCCUCCACCCCUGUAAAAGAAGAGAGUGGAUCUCAAGCUUGUGAACAUUUACCUAAAAGUGAACCAUCUCCUGACAUGGAGGAUUUUAUAUCAUUUUCUCCACUUUCUGAGCUCCCUGUAGAGACUGAAGACAAAAUAAGCGAAUGUAGAAAAUCCCUCUUUGGUUGUGAUGUGUCUGAAAAUGAGACUAAAGACUCAGUGGAGCUGUUCAGUGAUGGUUUCUCAAGUGAAGAUGAGCUCCUCACUGAUUUUAUAGAUAAUCUGGAGUCCAAAAAUGUGCAGGUAAAGGAGCCUACUUCCUUAAACACCCAGCUGGAGUCAGUUACCUCAUUAGCACCCACCAAUCAGAUGGCUUCCUCUUCUUGCACAGGUGGAAAAGAAGCUCUCAGUGGAUCCACCAGUGCCAUCAAGAGUAGCAUUCAGUCCCCACAAAGUAUUGUUUUAGAGCGCCUGAGGGAAACCAUUCUCAACUCAGAUAACCUCCAUUUAAAUGACUGCGACAGCAUCAGUGUUCAAUCAGAGCAAGUACCUUCACAAGCUUCCAGUGUCCAAAAAUCUCAAAGCAUGCCACCUCAGAAGGGUCUGAGCAAGGCAGGUCAGGCCUCAGGUCUAAAGCAGACUGACAUUGGGGUGUUUUUUGGCCUCAAACCGUUAAAGGAGAAGGAGAAAGAGACUGAGAGUGGACCAAAUGGACUCCAAACCAACUUGAAUCCAACAGCUGGACGACAAAGAAAAGAAAGACAAAGAAAAAGUAAGGCUGACACAGCUCCAGAAGCCUCACAGACUGUAAAUAGUGAAAAUGCAAGUGAUGCCCCGGGAGAAUCAGGGAGAGGAAGGAAGGGAGGAUGGAGAAAAGGGUGGAAUAGAGUGAAUGCUGAUGGAGAAGUUCAGAUGCGACGUUGUCCUUUCUACAAGAAAAUUCCAGGAACAAAGUUUGUCAUCGACGCUUUCCAGUAUGGGGAGGUUCCAGGGAUUGCUGCCUACUUUCUCACUCAUUUCCACUCAGACCACUACGGAGGGUUGACCAAGAAAUGGACAUUUCCAAUCUACUGUAACAGAAUAACCGGGAACCUGGUGAAGAGCAAACUGAGAGUGGAGGAGCAGUACAUCCACAUCCUCCCCAUGAACAGCCCAGUCACUGUGGAGGGAGUCAAAGUCAUCCUCCUGGAUGCCAACCAUUGUCCAGGAGCUGCCAUGCUGCUGUUCUUCCUGCCUGAUGGACAGACAGUCCUCCACACUGGCGACUUCAGAGCUGAUCCCUCAAUGGAGAUGUACCCUGAGCUCCUCAGCUGCAGAGUGCAGACGCUCUACCUGGACACUACCUACUGCAGCCCUGAGUACACCUUCCCCAGACAACAAGAAGUCAUCAACUUUGCAGCCACUACAGCCUUUGAGUUGGUGACGCUCAGCCCACGAACCCUGGUGGUGUGUGGGUCCUACUCUGUGGGCAAAGAGAAGGUCUUUCUUGCCCUUGCAGAGGUGCUGGGAUCUAAAGUAUGCCUCUCUAGAGACAAAUACAACACCAUGUGCUGUCUGGAGUCAGAGCAAGUCAAACAACUUAUAACCACUGACGGGAAGGCGGCCCAGGUCCAUGUCCUACCCAUGAUGCAACUCAACUUUAAAAAAUUGCAGGACUACUUGUCACGCUUUUCUUCCCAGUACGACCAGCUGGUGGCUUUUAAACCCACAGGUUGGACUUUCAGCCAGCAGGUGGACUCAGUGGGAGAUAUUCAGCCUCAGAUCAGUGGGAAUGUCUCCAUCUAUGGAGUCCCGUACAGCGAACACAGCAGCUUUCUGGAGUUGAAACGGUUCGUCCAGUGGCUACAGCCCCUUAAGAUCAUCCCAACAGUCAACAUCGGCAACUGGACAAGCAGAAGGGCCAUGGAGAAUUGCUUCAGUGAGUGGAUGAUGGAAACCAAAGCUAAACGGUGACUUAUAUAUCCAAAAACUGUUACCCAAUGCUGCUUGAUGGUUAUCAAAGCAAACCCAGUUAAUCCUCAAUACAUGAAAAGCUGCAUGAUCAUUGGAAACAAACGUGCAUUUCAACACCUCUGAUCUUAUUCCUUUUAUUCAAGUUUGCUUGCUGCAGAGCACUGAGCCUAUAACAUUACUACUCCAUGCAGAGUGACUGGUUGUUAAGCAGCAUGAAAUGCCUCCAUGGUUCUUCAAAUCUAUUAGUAAAUUUUCAGGACACACUCUUGAACAAAUUUAUCACACAAAGUAUUUAACAUUGAUAGUGAUGUAACCACCAAUUGUGUGCUCCGUCAAUUUAACCCUUGUUUAUCAAGACUAUAGUGCAAUUGCUGCUUAAACUGUAUAAUUUAAGAUUAUCUGUACAUUUUUUUCAAUCUAUUAUUAUUUUUAUCCUGGGAAAAUAAAUAUUUUAAAAUUUCUUUUAA